AUGAGGCACUCUCUCAUUGGGUUACUCUUCCUCCUGGUAAUCUCACUGCCUUCAGGGAAUGGAUUGUUUAGACAUGAUGGAAUACAAAUCCGUACUUGCACUGCGCUCAAAGGCAGGUGCUUCUUCAGUUGCAGAGUGGGAUGGACGUGGGUUUCAUUCUGUCACAACAUAUUGUCUUGUUGUGUAAAAAUGUUGAAAAAUAAUCCUCCCCAGGUCGAUGAGUAUUGA